AUCAGAUGACGUCAAAAGUCUACAUGAUUAUCUCUAGAGCAUCAUCUGCCUUUUGUUGUUUUCCCAGCUUCGUCGAGAAAUGGCCUCUACAGCCGAAACUCCUCUUCUAGAAGAAUACGUGAUAGACGCCGUUGACCACGGCGAACUUCCCGUCGGAAGAUCCAGUACCGGUAGAUGGAGUGCCGCCUGGUUCAUAAUCGGUGUGGAAGUAGCGGAGAGGUUCGCUUACUAUGGGAUCGCAUCAAACCUGAUCAGCUACUUGACUGGGCCACUUGGUCUAUCUACUGCUGUCGCCGCUUCUAACGUCAACGCUUGGUCGGGAAUCGCAUGUCUUCUCCCUGUUCUCGGAGCUUUUGUCGCUGACGCUUUUCUUGGUCGGUACCGAACAAUCAUUAUCGCUUCUCUUGUCUACAUACUGGGACUGGCACUUGUGACUUUAUCUGCGUGUCUGGUUCCUAUUAGUACACCAAGUGAACAUAUUGCUAGAGUGGUGUUUUCUUCACCGUCUUCAUUGCUGAAUCUACUCUUCUUUUUCUCUCUGUACCUGGUGGCCAUCGGACAAAGUGGGCAUAAGCCUUGUGUUCAAGCGUUUGGGGCAGACCAGUUUGAUGAGAAAGACCCGAAAGAGAGACUAGAGAGAAGCUCUUUCUUCAACUGGUGGUACCUUAGCAUGUGUGCAGGGGUCUCCCUAGCGAUUUUAGUGGUUGUUUACAUUCAGGAAGCUGUCAGCUGGGCACUCGGGUUUGGGAUACCAUGCGUGUUCAUGGUGGUAUCUCUUGUUCUGUUUGUGCUUGGGAGAAGGAAGUACAGGUACGUUAGAAGAAGACAAGAAGAUGUAACAAACCCUUUUACCAGGAUAGGUAGAGCCUUGCUUGCCCCAAGUGCAUGCAAUGCUAGUGAUGUAGAAGAUGCCACAGCUCUUGUUAGGCUUAUCCCAGUGUGGCUUACAACUCUCACCUACGCUAUACCUUACGCGCAAUACAUGACUUUCUUCACAAAGCAAGGCGUCACGAUGGAAAGAACAAUAGUUCCUGGUGUUAAGAUUCCUCCUGCUUCUCUCCAGGUCCUUAUGGGUUUCUUAAUUGUAAUCUGUGUACCCAUAUACGACCGUGUUUUGGUGCCAGUCUCCAGGUACAUAACCAAAGAUCCUUGUGGCAUCACAAUGCUCAAAAGAAUUGGAACCGGAAUGGUACUGUCAUCUCUCACUAUGGUGGUUGCGGCUAUGGUUGAGUCAAAGCGGCUCGAGACAGCAAAAGCAUACGGGCUUAUAGACCAACCCGAGACAACUGUUCCAAUGUCGAUACGUUGGCUACUCCCUCAGUAUCUGAUGCUGGCAUUGGCUGAAGUAUUCACAAUAGUGGGAAUGCAAGAGUUCUUCUACAGCCAAGUCCCUACAGAGCUGAGAAGUAUCGGUCUCGCGCUUUACUUAAGUACAUUAGGAGUAGGAAGCUUGUUGAGUAGCUUACUCAUCUCUGUGAUUGGCUUGGCCACGGGAGGAGAUGGUAGAAACAGCUGGUUCAAUAUUAAUCUGAACAGAGCACAUCUCGAUUAUUUCUACUGGUUACUUGUCGCUAUCAGCGCCUUAGGGUUCUUUACUUUCUUGAUCAUUUCUAGAUCGUAUAUAUAUCGCCGUGUGGAUGGAGUGUAGGUUGUACAGCUUUUCUUGGUAGAUGGCGACCAUAAUAAGAUUGUUUCAAACGCAAAAAUAUAUAACAAGAAUGCAUAGAACUUACUCAAUGCAUGGCUAUUAUAUGUUUAA